GCAAGGUAACCGCGUCGUCUCCGUUUGAGCCGUGCCCGUUCGCGCUUCGCAAAACACGAGUUCUUGCAGUGCCACUUGUUAGCCGCUGUUGUUGCUACGACGGUCACCGGCUAGUCGCCUAUUUCCUCUUGCGUAUAACACUUGGGUUGCAUUGCUUAAGUCAUGGCUGCAUACAGCCUGGUGGUGCCGAAGGAGUACGGCUACGUGGUGCUCGUAGGGGUGGGCUCUGCCAUUGUCAACAUGUGGCUCGCUUUCCGUGUCGGAAGUGCGCGAAGGCGGUUUGACAUCAAGUACCCAACCAUGUACUCGGACACCAACAUCGUCUUCAACUGCGUCCAGAGAUCCCACCAGAACUUCCUUGAGACCUACCCGCAGUUCCUGAUGCUGUUGUUCCUCGGUGGAUUUGAGUAUCCGAAAUUCGCUGCCUGUUCCGGACUGUUGUACCUGGCCGGCAGGAUUGUCUACGCCAUCGGCUACUCCACAGGAGACCCGUCCAACUUCUGUACCCAAUUGAACUCUCUUUGCUGUAACAGACUCAAACUGCGCGCCUUUCCGGGGGCGGAGGAUAUUGAAUAUUUACCCUUCUUCGAAGAGCUAGAGAAAAAGAAGAAGCCAACUGCAAGGAACGCGGGAGCACGCACCGAGAAGACGACAAAGUAG